CAUAUCCCGACCUCAUAUCUUCUUCUCAUAUCCCGACCUCAUAUCUCAUCCUCAUAUCCCGACCUCAUAUCUUCUUCUCAUAUCCCGACCUCAUAUCUUCUUCUUAUAUCCUGUCCUUAUAUCUCGUCCUAAUAUGCCAAUCCUCUCGUCCUUCUAUGCCAAUCAGAUUUCUUCUUUCAUUUUUAAAAAGGGCUGUGCAAAUAAAAAAAAAGUGAUCUGACCACUCUUCCUCUACACACGUUUUGAUAACUCUCCCCCAUUGAGUUUUAUAUACAUAUACAGUAUAUAGAUAUAUGCACAAAAGGUAUAUAGUUAUACAUCUCCUGUAUAUAGCAGUGUGGGCCAUGCACUAAACAAGUGGAGCUAAACAGGUGUUUGAUGACAAUAGGGUAUUGGGGCGGUUCUGUGGCCUCAAAAAGUCCAGAUCGCAUCCAGGUCAUCGCAUCUUUACCUCACAUGGGAACCAAAUGAAAAUUGAAUUUCACUCAGAUUUCUCCAAUGAAGAAAAUGGUUCUGCUGUCUUCUAUAAAGGAUUCCAGGCAUUCUACUGGGCUAUGGAUAACAAUGAGUGUGCAUCGCCCAAUGACAACAGCCUCAUCUGGACCCAACCAUGCCAGCAUAUAUGCCACAAUUAUAUAGGAGGCUAUUCCUGCUCCUGCCUCCCAGGAUACGUUCUGCAGAGUGACAAGCGGUCCUGCAAAGUACAGUGCAGUAACCUGUUGUUUACGGAGGAAUCUGGAUUCAUUUCCAGUCCAGGGUACCCCCAACCGUACCCACCCGACCUCAACUGCACCUAUCAGAUACGAGUGGAGAAAGGAAUGCACAUCUCACUUGAGUUCAUUGAGACCUUUGAUAUUGAUGAUCAUCCACAAGCUACAUGUCCUUACGAUACCUUGGAGAUAUUUGAAGGAGAUGACUUAGUGAACACUUUGUGCGGGAGAAGCCCCCCAAGGGUCAUCAAGACGAAGAGCCACAAGGUGGACAUCCUAUUCCAGACUGAUGACUCCGGGGACAGCAGAGGGUGGAAGAUAUUCUACACAUCAGAAGCCAUCCAGUGUCCAAAACCUGUCACCCUUGAUGAAUUCUCCAUUGUUUCCCCGAUGCAAGAAGUAUACAGAAUGCAGGAGUACUUUGUACUAUCCUGUCGCACAGGGUACAGGUUGAUGGAGGAAGGCAAAGAACUGAGAGUCUUCACUGCCGUCUGCCAGAGAGAUGGCAACUGGCAUCGGCCUGUACCCCGCUGUGAAAUUUUGAGCUGUAAGGAGCCGGAGGUUUUGCGUAACGGCGGUCACAGGUUCUUGACUGAACCAAACAGAGUGACGUACCUGUCCAAAAUAAUCUACUCGUGUAAUGAACCGUACUACAAAAUGGUCACCAGGACUGGAAGUGCUAAUUUCAUCUGCUCAGAAGAUCGUGUGUGGAAGGAUGACAAUGGAGGCCAACAGAUCCCAUUAUGUUUGCCAGUGUGUGGACAACCUCAGAAUCCCAUAGCGCGUUUCAGUCGCAUCAUCAGUGGCGAAAAAGCGGAGAAUGGAAACUUCCCUUGGCAAGCUUUGGUAAAAACAGGUCCUGGGCGAGCAGGCGGUGUUCUGAUUGAUGAAAAAUGGGUUCUUACUGCAGCUCAUGUUCUGAAACCGCAGGGGAGCACAAAGAACCUCGAAGCCAAUAACAUUCACCUCUUCCUCGGAGACGUUAAUGUGGAAAACCUUUUAAAAAUCGGCCUAGCAAAAGUCAAAGCAUACCACAUCCACCCGGACUACUCUACAGACAGUCACAACCAUGACAUCGCCCUGAUCCAACUAGAGAGUCCAGUGACUAUGAACAGCAACGUGUCUCCCAUAUGUCUACCCCAAAGCAGUGAGGCGUCCCUGUAUCAGUCCAAUAGAGUAGGCUACGUCAGUGGGUUUGGGAUGACGGAGGACAACAUGCUUACUGAUGAUCUUCACUAUGUCUUUUUGCCUGUGGUCGCGAGAGACAAAUGCCAGAGCCAAUUAGACGAAAAGCAAAAAAAUGUUAAGACAGAAAAACAGAAAUUUACUGAAAACAUGUUCUGUGCCGGUUACACCGAAAACACCGGACUGUCAAAGGACUCGUGCCAAGGAGACAGCGGAGGGGCAUUUGCUGUCGAAAACGGCAACACAUGGUUUGCCUCAGGCAUUGUGUCUUGGGGUAUAGAUUGCGGUCGCGGUUAUGGGUAUUACACCAAAGUUGUUAAUUAUCUUGAUUGGAUUAGAAGCCACAUAAGUGGAGGAUAGGAGUAGUACUCCUCAUC